AUGUCGACCCAACGAGUCUUUCGCCUCCCCUCAAAGGGAGCAGGCUACGAAGCCAUCCAAGAACACACCGAGCCAAUCCCCCAAGCCCAAGCACACGAGGUCGUCAUCAAAAUCCACGCAACCACCCUCAACUACCGCGACCUCGCCAUAGCCAAAGGCUUCUACCCCUUCCCCGUCAAAGAGAACGCCGUCCCCCUCAGCGACAUAGCCGGCACAAUCCACGCCCUAGGCCCCAACGUCACCACCCUCACCAAAGGCGACAAAGUCAUCGCCAACUUCGACAUUUCCAACACCUUCGGACCCCAACAAGACUGGCUCCACGGCCUCGGCGGCCCCAUCGACGGCGCCCUGCAACAAUACAUCGCCCUGCCCGCCUCCGCCAUAAUCAAAAUCCCGGAAAAAACCCCCCUAACAUACCCGCACCUCGCCUCCCUAGUCUGCACAGGCACCACCGCCUGGAACGCCCUCUACGGCUCCGGGCACCCCCUAAAACCCGGACAAACCGUCCUCUCCCUCGGCACCGGCGGCGUCAGCAUGACCGGCCUGCUUCUCGCACACGCCGCAGGAGCGCGCACAAUUAUAACCUCCUCAUCCGAUGAGAAAUUAUCGAUCGCGAGGGAGAAAUACGGCGCAGACUUCGGGGUCAAUUACACCACCACGCCCAACUGGGCUGACGCCGUUAACGAGUAUACCUCCGGCGAGGGCGUGGAUAUCAUCUUCGAAAACGGCGGCUCCGGCACCAUCGCGCAGUCCCUGUCGUGCGUGGCCCGCGGGGGCCAGAUCGCCAUCAUCGGCUUCUUAUCCUCUGCCUCCCAAGAAGAUAUGCCGGAUGUCGCCGGGGCGGUGUUGGGGAAGGGGUGUAGUGUCCGGGGCAUCAAUGUGGGCUCGAAGCAGUUGACGGAGGAUCUGGUGAGGUUUGCGUGUGCGCGGGGGUUGGGGGUGCAUGUGGAGAGGACGUAUGGGUUUGAGAGGGGGGAGGUGUUGCGGGCGUUUGGGGAUUUGGAGAGGGGCGCGGUGGGGAAGAUUGCGAUUGAGAUUCCGUAG